UAGGUGGAGGCGGGGCCGUCGGCCCGGGCUCAGCGUGCAGCCGCGCCUGUGCGGGCCCUCGGGGCUGCGCGAGCGGGUCUAGGACUCCGAGCGGUGCUUCCCCGCCACAGCCGGCGGCCGUGAAGGAAAUGCCUACAUAGAAGACUGACAGCAGCUGGGGUGAAUGUGUCACUGCUGAAUUGGUUCCUCAGGUAUCCUGGCUCUGGUGAUUGCUAUGGGAGAUUGGAUGACUAUUACAGAUCCAGGUCUGUCUUCAGAAAGCAAAACUAUCUCUCAAUAUACCUCAGAAACAAAGAUGUCUCCAUCAAGUUUAUACUCACAGCAAGUGCUAUGUUCUUCAAUACCUUUAUCAAAAAAUGUGCACAGUUAUUUUAGUGCCUUUUGCACAGAAGAGAAUAUUGAGCAAAGUAUCUCAUAUCUUGAUCAGGAAUUGACUACUUUCGGUUUUCCUUCAUUAUAUGAAGACUCCAAAGGUAAAGAGACAAAGAGAGAAUUAAAUAUAGUUGCUGUUUUAAAUUGCAUGAAUGAGCUACUUGUACUUCAGCGGAAGAACCUUCUAGCUCAGGAAAAUGUGGAAACACAGAAUCUGAAACUGGGAAGCGAUAUGGACCAUCUACAGAACUGCUAUGCAAAACUUAAGGAACAACUGGAAACCUCCAGGAGAGAAAUGAUUGGUCUUCAGGAAAGAGACAGACAAUUACAAUGCAAGAAUAGGAAUUUGCAUCAGCUACUGAAAAAUGAGAAAGAUGAGGUGCAGAAAUUACAAAAUAUCAUUGCAAGUCGAGCUACUCAAUAUAAUCAUGAUAUGAAGAGAAAAGAGCGUGAAUAUAACAAACUAAAGGAACGUUUACAUCAACUUGUUAUGAACAAGAAGGAUAAAAAAAUUGCUAUGGAAGUUUUAAAUUACGUGGGGAGAGCUGAUGGGAAAAGAGGCUCCUGGAGGACGGGUAAAACUGAAGCCAGUUUCUUUCUCAGGAACGAAGAUGAAAUGUAUAAAAUUCUCUUGAAUGAUUAUGAAUAUCGUCAGAAACAAAUCCUAAUGGAAAAUGCUGAACUUAAGAAGGUUCUUCAGCAAAUGAAAAAGGAAAUGAUUUCUCUUCUUUCUCCCCAAAAGCAGAAACCUAGAGAAAGAGCAGAUGAUAGUACAGGAACUGUUAUCUCUGAUGUUGAAGAGGAUGCUGGGGAACUGAGUAGAGAGAGUAUAUGGGACCUUUCAUGUGAGACUGUGAGAGAGCAGCUUACCAACAGCAUCAGGAAACAGUGGAGAAUUUUGAAAAGUCACGUAGAAAAACUUGAUAACCAAGUUUCAAAGGUACACUUAGAAGGUUUUAACGAUGAAGAUGUAAUCUCACGACAAGACCAUGAACAAGAAACUGAAAAACUUGAGUUAGAAAUUCAGCAGUGUAAAGAGAUGAUUAAAACUCAGCAGCAACUUUUGCAGCAGCAGCUCGCUACUGCAUGUGAUGAUGACACCACUUCACUGCUACGAGACUGUUACUUGUUGGAAGAAAAGGAACGCCUCAAAGAAGAAUGGUCCCUAUUUAAAGAGCAGAAAAAGAAUUUCGAGAAGGAAAGACGAAGCUUUACAGAAGCAGCUAUUCGCCUAGGAUUGGAGAGAAAGGCAUUUGAAGAAGAAAGAGCCAGUUGGUUAAAGCAACAGUUUUUAAAUAUGACUACCUUUGACCACCAGAACUCAGAAAAUGUGAAACUUUUCAGUGCCUUCUCAGGAAGUUCUGAUCGGGACACCCCUACAUUACACUCGAGGUCACGGCAAAAGAAGCCUCACGGUGUGCCUAGUGGGUCUCCAGUUUGCACGUCUAAACUGACUAAGUCUCUUCCUGCUUCUCCUUCUACUUCAGACUUUUGCCAGACACGUUCUUGUGCAUCUGAACAUAGCAGUUCAAUCAAUGUACUGAAUAUCACCCCUGAAGAAACUAAGCCAAAUCAGGUUGGAAGAGAAUGUACAAAUCAGAAGUGGAGCAUGUCGUCAAGGCCUGGGUCACAGGAAGGUUGCUAUAGUGGAUGCUCCUCGACCUACACAAAUUCUCAUGUAGAGAAGGAUGACUUACCUUAGAUAUAUGAACAGGGAGUUUUUUUUUUUUUUUCAUUAACAUGGUCAUCAGAUUUCACAUCUGAGUUGAAACAGGGCAUGUUAUAAAGUCAGUGAUCUCUUAAUAAUUUAAGAUCGUCUGUGUUGUUUGUUUGGACUUCCCUGUUCCUCCCCCAAAGAGCUAAAAUGUUAAAUCUAUUUAAAAGGAUAUAAAAACUUUGGAUAUGUAUUUUUAGUAACAGAAGCAUCUGGUUCUGUGAAUAAAGGAAUGUAUACACAUUUGGGUGGAAACAAAGCACUAGAAUGAGUUUCCUAUUAUAGGUAUUAAAAAUAGCACUUUUAGGAAACUGAUUAUUGUAAAUGUUUAAUUUUGUCUCAUACAUAGUUGGCAUUGGAAGUUUAGCCUUUCCUUGAAUGUAUACUGUAGAUUUUUAACAAAGCAAGUUCUAUAUUUAUUAUGUUUAAUGUGAUUUGAAAUUCCCUCUUUCAUAUGUUUUAAAUAAAGUGAAGUUUAUGUAUGUUUUGUACAUAGAUAUACAUGAUUAUGUUGAGGCUUUAAGAUUUAAAGAUUUUACACAUCCAUAAUUAUAGUAUUUCAUGCCAAUAAAUUUUUAUUAGUGAUAUUCUGUUACAGAUAUAUGAAAGCCAUUGCCACAUUAUGUUUAGGGAUUUUUUGAACCCAUCUGAGCAAUAAAUACUCAAAAGCUA